AUGGCCAAGCAGGCGGAGAUCGCGUAUUGCCCCACAGACGCUUACAUCGAGGCUUUGGGGGACCUGCUAGCCGACAAGACCCUGCUGGUUCGCACGGAGCUGGAGAGCGCGAACGCCGAACUGGCGGCUGCUGAAGAGCUCCUGGAAGUGGCGCAGAUGCAGCUCGAGGAGGAUGAGCACGACAUCGAGGCGGACGGGCGUGACCUGGUGGCCGUGCUGCGCCAGCUGUCGGCCACGCGCCAGGCGCUGGUGGAGGCGCAGCACGAGAUGCAGCGGCAGCACACGCGCAUGGCCAGCGCGGCGGACGUGGCCGGCAGCGACGCCGCCUGCCAGGCUGUUGCUAUGGACCUGGAUGAGUGCCGGGAGCACGCACAGCUGCUGCAGGAGCAGGGCGCGGCGGUCGCUGCUGCGGCGGCGGCGGGGGAGGGGUGCUCGCUGGAUCGCGCCUUGCUGGCUGAGACGCGCCUGCGCAUCGCAGAGCUGAGCCAGGAGAAUGCCGACCUUCAGGCCAGGCUGGGCCAGGAGGCGGCCCAGGGCGGCGUGGAUGUGGAGCAGCUGCAGGCCGACAUGUCGAGGCUGAGGAGCCAGAAUGCGGCACUGGAAGAGCUGUGGAGUGCAGCGCUGGCAGACCCGGCGGCUGCCGCCACGCAGCUGAAGGAGCAAGUGCUGGCUUCCCAGGAGCGCAACGCGCAGCUGUCAAAGCACCUCGUUCGGACCGCCGCCAGCCUGGAGGCGACUCGGCAGCAGAUCAGGGAGCUGAAGCGGGAGCGAGAGGAGCUCAAGGCCAGCCUUGCCGCAAGCCAAGCGGGCGCCUGCGGUGCGCACGACAGCGCGCUGGCGGCAGCCUGCAAGCCUGCGCCGGCUGGGGGGGAGGAGUGCCGGGCGGAGCUGGCUGCGGCUGGUGCCGAUGCGGAGAGCAGGCUUGCAGCAGCGGCGGAGGAGUGCCAGGGGCAGCGGGGGGCUGCAGCGGCGCGCCAUGCAGCAGCCCAGGAGGAGGCUAGCCAGCUGCUGGCCGCCGCCGAGGCGCGCAUCCACGCCUGCAACAGCCGCCAUGGGGAGGUCUCAGAGGCUGAGCUUCGUGUGUUCAGGGAGCAGAAGGAGGCGGAGGUGGCGAGGCUGGUGCGGAUGCUGGAUGCGCACCAGGAGGCCAACCGCGAGCUGCAGCGGGCGGCGCUGCUGCUGCAGGAGGCAGAGGCAGGCACGCGCUCCGGCUGCUGCUGCCGCCGACUGCAUGUGCCUGCUGCUGCUGCUGCUGGCGCCUGGCUGGCGGGCAGAGGGGCCGUGGCUGAGGGCUGGCUGCCGCUGUGGGCGCAGCGGCUGGUGCGCCGCGGCGUGUCUGCCGCUGCCACCAGGGGCGGUGCGGUGCAGCAGCGGCUGGCUGGCCACUGGGCUGCCGCACAGGCGGCUGUGCACAGCCGCAUGGGGCCGGCGGCGGCUCGGGCGCAGCACGCGGCGGCCACGCUGUGGGCUGCCAGGCUGCGCCCCGCUCUGGCCAGGUCGGUGCACCGCUACGUGGAGCUGGAGGCGGCGGCUCUCCGCGGCAUUGCCACCGCGGCGCGACGGUGCCGCGCGGCGGCGGCGCAGGCGGCGGCGCAGGCGGUCGCGGCCAAGGCCGCCGCCGACGCGGCGGCCCUGCGCCAGCUGGAGCGCCUGCCCCUGCGGCCCGGCCUGGCCACUCCCCAGCUGGCGGGCGGGGCUGUGUGGCUGGCGCUGGGCGCCGCCGCGCUGCCCGUCGCUUGGGCGCUGGCGGCGGCGCUGGCCCGCGCGCUGCUGUUCCGCCUGCGCCCCGCCCGCCUGCGGGUGGAGCGCCCCGGGGUGGAGGCGCUGUCGCGCCUGCAGGGAGCCCUGGGGUACAGCUGGAGGAAGCAGGAGGCGUUGCAGGAGGCGCUGGGAGGCGACAGCCGCGGCGCCACGGGCAGGCUGGCCUGGCUGGGCUCCGCGCUGCUGCAGCUGCUGGCCGCGGAGGAGGCGUUCCGGCAGCAGCCCGACGGCGCGGGGCCCCAGGAGCUGCAGGAGGCGGCAGAGGCGCUGGCGGCGCCCGCCGCGCUGGCGGCCAAGCCGGGCGCCGCCACGCUCGGCGGCCUCGUGUCGGCCGGCCCCGGCGCCAGGUCCCUGCAGGCGGUGGCGGACAAGGCGGCGGAGCUGUAUGCCGCGUGCCUGGGCGCCGCGUUUGUGGACGGCGGCGGCAGCCUGGAUGCGCCCAGGCGUGUGUUCGUCGGCGGAGCGGCCGCCGACGGCGAGUGA